GUGAUUGAGUUACUCGGGUUAGAGGCGGUGAGGGUCAACAGCACACGUCGGUUGUCUGUGUCGUUAACGUGUGGUUAACGGCAGACACGGUGAGUCAGCGUAGCCGUUAGCUGUUAAUGUUUAAAACUCACCGGCUGUCAAAAAAAAAAAAAAAGAACUGUGUAGCGACGGUUGGUCUCACGGCGGUUACAACAGUGCGGAACAUUAACGUUAACCCAACCGCCCCUUUGCUCAACGGGUUUUUUUUUUUUUUUACAACGGCUGCUUCUUGGCUGUUUUUCACCCACAGUCAUGUGAUUGUAACGUAAAACCCCUAACCGGAAAACAACGACGGACGACCCUCUCCGCCGCCAACGAAUGCUAGCAACAGUACAAGCCGCUGCGAGCCCAGAGAGAGAGGACGGACGAGUCCCCGGUAACAAACAAACAACGGCGACACGGCAAAACUCCACGGAUAUAACCGGAGAGCAGGUUGAAGAAUGGAGUUGGCCAACCAUGGUCUUAUCCUGCUGCAGCAGCUUAACGCUCAGAGGGAGUUUGGCUUCCUGUGCGACUGCACUGUGGCUAUAGGAGAUGUCUUCUUCAAAGCCCAUAAAGCCGUCCUUGCUGCCUUCUCCAACUACUUCAGAAUGCUCUUCAUUCAUCAGGACAGUGAUUGUGUGCGCCUGAAGGCUGCUGACAUACAGCCGGAUAUCUUCAGCUACCUCCUCAACCUGAUGUACACAGGCAAGCUCGCACCCCAGUUGAUAGACCCUGCACGGCUGGAGCAGGGGGUCAGAUUCCUGCACGCCUAUCCGCUCCUUCAGGAGGCCAGCCAGUCCGUGUAUUCCCACGCUGAGCAGCACAGCAUCAACCUCUCCACCUCCCUCUACGGCAUCCAGAUCUCUGACCAACAGGUUGGGCUGUCAGCUAGGUUGCCCACUCGACGGCAGAUCUCUUCUCCUUUCGACAUGGAACAGCUGAGCUCAGAGGGGAAGUAUCCAACCACAUCAGCUGCCACAGCUUCGUACGCCAAUUCCUUACUGUCCAAGUUAACUUCCUCGCCCCAUGACAUGGAGGCCUCAACCAGUGGCACCAAGCCUACAGUCGAGGAGGGGGGAAUGGACUUGGUAAGUGCCGACGGUUCCUCAGUCAAUGCCAUCCUCCAUGUAAAGCCCAGCAUCAUGAAGAGGAACUCCUCCUUUAGGAAGCAUUACUCCUGUCAUCUGUGCAGGAGUCGAUUCACCCAGAGAAGCCUGCUAAGAGAGCAUCUCCUCCAGCACACCCAUUCUCUACAUCAGGUGCCAGCGGAGCCCAGCAAUGCACUCUCACCUGCCAUGAACGCAGAACAUAGCAUGCUAGAUUUAGAGGGGGUCCUAAAGGGAAUCAAGGCAGGGUCGGCUGCCUUGGCUGCAACUACAGCAGUAGAGAUAAUCAGUGACAGCGAGCAAACGCCUGUUUCAGGAACCAACUCGGACUCUCCGCGAGCAGAGGUGUCCACCUCCAGCUGGGGGGUGGGAGGAUUGAAUUCUCAGGCAGACACACCACCUCCAUCAGACAUUGCGGACAUCGACAACCUAGAGAGUGCAGACUUGGACAGGGAAGUGAAGAGGCGGAAGUACGAGUGCUCCACCUGUGGGCGCAAGUUCAUUCAGAAGAGCCACUGGCGUGAGCACAUGUACAUCCACACGGGUAAGCCCUUCAAGUGCAGCGCUUGCGGAAAGAGCUUCUGCCGGGCCAACCAGGCAGCCCGCCACGUGUGCCUGAACCAGGGGGCCGACAGCUACACCAUGGUGGACCGACAGAGCAUGGAGCUGUGCGCAGCAGGCGACGACAGCAGCCAGAUGGAGGCCAUGUUCUUGGGCUCGUCGAAGCCUUACAAGUGCAACAUUUGUGCGACCACCUUCUCCAGUCCCAAUGAGGUGAUCAAACACUUGUGCUUCACUCAAGGGGGUUUAGUGGGGCUGCAAGGAAACACGGGCGCGGGGAUGCUGCUCCAGCGUGAAGAGUUCUCCAAAGAUGACGGGUCUGAUUUGUCCAACUCUGGCACCCCACUGGAACCCAUAAAGACUGAGGAAAUCCUUGUAGAGUAGUGCCAAAACUGUGUAUUUGUCCUUUUUAACAUGUAUGUUUUAAUUUUUUAAAUUAUGGUUAAUAGGUAAGCUAAAGGUUAAGUUAGUCAGGGUAUGUAUGUUAGAGCUCCUCAGUCUACUAAAACAGCUUUGUGGUUGUUUUUUUACAAGUUUAAUUUUUUUGGGGGGUGGGGUUCAGUAUUUUGGACAUUUAUUGUCCUGAGUAUGACAAAAAAGUAAAUGAAAUAGUGUAGUAAAUCCCCUUUAGCUCUGGAGUUCAGUCCGACAUCAUUAGAAAAGCAAAUAACGUUAAAGUUUGACUCAAGGCUGAGAUACCAACAAAGAAAUUUGAAGUAACUUUUACUUUGGGUCAUCUAAUCAUUUUACAGUUGGUGUACAUUGGUAUUGGACUCUCACAUGUCAGGCUGUACCACAAUUUUUUUUUUUUACUUUUUCUUAACAGCUAAAGUUGUGGUAAAGCUGCACAGGCAGACGUUGAGUAUAAGAGGAAGAGGAAGCUGAGACAGUUCCGGAGGACACGCCAUGUUGUGAGAUGAGUUUGCUGUGCUAGAUAUGAGGAGGACUAAGAGCUGCACAGAAGGGUUGUUUCUUCAUGAUCAUAAAUGAGAGGCUUAUUCUGCAGAUCAGGUAUAGAUUAUGAGUCCAGCUAAAAGCACACAACAUAUUCAGACCUGAGACAAUCUUUGACCGAUAUGCAGGAAAGAACAAAUGUCUUCCAUUCAUGUUUUGGCUGUUGUUUAUACAGAAUGAAUAACUUGAAAUGUAAAGUAAUGACCAGUAUUUGCAUCUUUCUCAGCAGCCGUUUAGUUGUUAUUUGUUUAGUUGUUACUUUGUUUUCAUGACUGUGCUAAGUGUGAUUAUGGUUCCUGUGUCCUUACAUCCAAUUAAAGCACACUUGCUCUUCAUAAUAAGAGUUGGGCCACUAAAAGAAUUGGUCACAACAAGCACGAGCCUUCCUUGUGUUUACAGUUGAGCCUCUUUCAUUCUAUUUUACUUUGUCAUUUUUACUUAUGUUGUAUAACUCUUUGGUUGCUGACUGAAGGAUUAACGUGUUCCUUCAGACACACAAACCUUGAUUGGAGGCUGUCAGAUACAAUACAUUACAUCCUGUCUUUAUGUAAUUUGCUUCAAUCUACUCCUAAAAGCCCAUCAUUUUAGUUUGACAUGCUUUUCUAAUUUUAAAUACAAUGAUAUAUCUACAAAGAUUACUAUAUAUUGCAAAGGUUUAUGUAUAUUAGUAGACAAAUAGCUUUCCAACUAGGAUUACAUUUGGUUUAGAACUAUGUUAUAUAUAAGGGAUGGGCAUUAUCAUUUCUUUGAGAAAUAGGCUAAAAUAGGUUAGAAUUUAAAAAAAAAAGAUAUUUGGGAUUUACAGUCUUUUCCCUUGCCAAAUGUGUGCUUAUGGCUAACCUCCUUAUUCAUUUUGUGUAAAGGGAAACAUUUUCUCUGUAUUAAUAAUAAGAACUUUAAUCAUUAAUAUUAGUUCUUUAACAAAUCGGAAAAAGGAAGUAGUAUUUGCAACAGUAGUCAUUUAUAGAAAACAUUGUGGGAGAAAAUAUGCAGAAAAACAUGUUUAAUCUUCUAUGAUGCAGAUGUGGUGGAGUAAGAAUGCUCCACCUGUCAGCGUGGAGGUCAUAUGAACUCAGGCAGGGAUGACGGUGUGACACAGGGACAGUUAGCUUUAAUAAGACAUAUGAAAUGACAGGGUGAUAUCUCUGUAUACUCGACUGUCUGGACACAUAUGUGUUACGUGAAUAUAAAAAGAUGCCAUUGUUUGGGAUUACAGAAACUUUCUAAGAACUACUGAUGACUGGAAAUUGUGAAAAGAUCUUUACGUACAUGUUGAGUUAAUGUGAAGCUGUUAUAUUAUUUCUCAUGCUGAAAAAUUUCAAAUGAAAACAGAAGCAUUAUACAGGUUGUUCAGGAACGAAAUUCUAAACUAGGCACCUCUCAGUCUGAGAUGGUCAGGUUUAUGCAAAUUUGAAACAUCUUUGAGUAUCACUGUCUUCAGGUGUUUCUUCAGUUCAGUUGUUUCUGUUUUUUUUUUUUUACUUUACAGCCUGAAAAUUAAUAUGAAUGAUAUUUGAGGGAGGCUUGUAAAACUGUCUUAAUAUUGUUAUUGUUCCUUCUAGUGGAAAAUAAAUUCUGCAUUGUAAUGUUAUUGCAACAACAUUGCCUUUUUUGCUGCACUUACUAACCAACCUAUUAGACUGCAAAAACCAAAUGACACAGAAGUGAUAGUUUGUCAUCCCAGAGACAAUUUAACAUUUAAAAGGACUAAUAAUAAUAUUAUUUGUAAUAUUAUUUUAAAGAAGAGUUGUUAACUUAGCCACCCAGAAGUUCAUUCAUGUUUGUAUUGUAGAGAGUAUUAUUAAAGAAGUCUUCUAGGAUUUAUUGACUAGUUUCCAUCCAUUUAUUAUUAUAGUAUUUUUUUCUGAACAUAUACAAAAAAAAUCCCAUCUCUAGUAUGUUUAACAUGCAUAUUUUUUUCUUUUGAGCCUAUUUCAUGAAGCCUCAAGUACAGGUUUGUGACAGAGAGGAUGAGGCCCAGUUCUAUUGGAGUUUAAGUUGCGUUUUUUGUACUUUGAUGCAAUGAGCCCAGCAAUUCACUAGAUGGAGCUGUUUUUCUUAUUUGUCUACUCAGGUCUACGGACAAGGCUGUCAAAUUUGAAGUAGUGGCUUCACUAGUAUUUGUGUGGUGUGCUUUCCAUUCAUAUGACCAUCUUUGCCAUAAAUCAAUAUACCGUCACAUUUUGGUGAAAAAAAAAUAGAAGAAAAACACAAAUGCCUGUGAAUUUAUUCUUGCGAGUGUUAAGUAUUGACUAACUGAAGGAUUCUUGUUUGUCUCGAUACAAGUUUUUUUUUGAGGCAACUGAAAUGAGCUCAAUUGAUACUCAGAAAUAUGCACAGCUGUAUGAAAAGUCUAAAUCCUUCCUCUCUCAAGUUGUAAUUGUUCUUUUGUCACACCAGUCUUGUAACUUAUGGUUUGUUUGCGUGGGUGUUUAAACAUCUCAGUAUCUCAGGAAGAUGAGAAGUUGGUCAUUGUCUUUUCGGUCCACUGUUAUUUAUCAAAACAAUUAUUUCAAACCCAUGAUCGUUCUCCCCAAUGCCCAUCUGUGAUCAAUAUGUGUUCUCAGGAAUGUGAGUAAUCUUCUGUAUAAAUAAUUUAGUUUUUUUUUUUAAUGAAGAAUGAACAAUAAA